CAUACUGGUACUCAUUAACAGGCACAGGGAAAGAGAACAAGCUAGUCACAAAGUGCAAUACCCCUAACUGGAAUAGAGUAACACUCUGCUGAAUAGAGAUGGACUGGAGCAACUGCACGACCAUGGCUUUAGUGUUCAUCCUGACUUUUUUGUUCAUUAUGAAAAUUGGAGGUGUCUGGAGUAACCACCAGAGAAAGAAGUUUCCCCCAGGACCAAGGGCCUUACCCAUCAUUGGAAAUCUUCAUUUGUUUGAUUUGAAGAGACCCUACAGGACUUAUCUACAGCUGUCAAAAGAAUAUGGUCCUGUCUUCAGCGUUCAGAUGGGGCAAAGGAAAGUAGUAGUGAUCUCUGGGUAUGAGACAGUGAAGGAAGCUCUCAUAAACCAGGCAGAUGCGUUUGCAGAGCGACCUAAAAUCCCCAUCUUUGAAGAUCUGACCAGAGGAAAUGGGAUUGUUUUUGCUCACGGUGAAAACUGGAAAGUGAUGCGAAGAUUUACUCUCACAACCUUACGAGACUUCGGGAUGGGAAAAAGAGCCAUUGAGGACCGCAUUGUGGAGGAGUAUGGCUAUCUGAUAGACAUCAUCGGGUCACAAGAAGGAAAACCCUUUGAUGCUAGUAAAAUAAUCAACGCAGCGGUUGCUAACAUUAUCGUAUCAAUAUUACUUGGAAAACGAUUUGACUACAAGGACUCCAGAUUUAUAAGGCUUCAACAUCUGACCAAUGAAAGCAUGAGGCUUGCAGGGAAACCUUUGGUUACGAUGUACAACAUCUUCCCAUACCUUGGAUUCCUCCUGAGGGCCAACAAGACUCUUCUCAAAAACAGAGAUGAAUUCCAUGCUUAUGUAAAAGUUACUUUUCUAGAAAAUCUCAAAACUCUGGACAAAAAUGAUCAGAGAAGUUUCAUUGAUGCAUUCCUUGUUAAACAGCAGGAGGAGAAAUCCACAACCAAUGGGUAUUUCCAUAAUGGCAACCUGCUAAGCUUGGUGAGCAACUUGUUCACUGCUGGUGUUGAGACCAUUUCCACCACACUAAACUGGAGCUUUCUGCUGAUGCUGAAGUACCCUGAAAUUCAGAGAAAGGUCCAAGAAGAGAUAGAUCAAGUGAUCGGGUCAAACCCCCCUCGCAUUGAGCAUCGAACUCAAAUGCCAUAUACAGAUGCUGUUAUCCACGAAGUUCAGCGGUUUGCUAAUAUCCUGCCAUUGGAUUUGCCUCAUGAGACUGCUGAAGAUGUCACUCUCAGAGACUAUUUCAUUCCCAAGGGAACCUACAUCAUCCCUUUGCUGACCUCUGUCCUGCGAGACAAAUCCCAGUGGGAGAAACCAGACAUGUUCUAUCCUGAACACUUUCUUGAUUCCAAGGGAAAGUUAGUGAAGAAAGAUGCUUUCAUGCCAUUUUCAGCAGGACGGAGGAUCUGUGCCGGUGAGACUCUUGCCAAAAUGGAGCUCUUCCUCUUCUUCACCAGCCUCCUGCAGAGGUUCACCUUCCAGCCUCCUCCUGGAGUUUCCUCCUCAGACCUGGACCUCAGCCCUGCUGUUUCAUUUAACGUUGUCCCCAAACCCUAUAAAAUCUGUGCUGUAGCACGCUGUUAGGGCUCAAAUCAGCAUCAGUUUGAUGUGAAAAUGUCUUGACUUUUUCAUGGUUUCCUUUGGCAAAAAAUAUUCGCAGCACUGCAUCGUAAUGAAAGUCUUCAGCACAUCUAAACCAAAAUGUUAUUUUAUCUUUUAUUUAGAAUCAUAGAAUCACAAGGUUGGAAAGCAUCUACGAGAUCACCUAGUCCAAUUGUUCUCUCAUUACCUUUACUACCACAAGCUACUGAACAAUAAAAGUCCACUCACUGUGAAAGGGCA